AUGGCAUCGGAGCCGGCCACGCUACCCGACGAUGCCCUCGCCGAGGUCCUCCGGCGUCUCCCGCCGCACGUCCUGGCCAAGGCCCGGCGGGUCUGCACAGCGUGGCGCGACGCCGUCGACGACCGCCUGCACGCCAGCCUGCUUUCGCGUUCGGUGCGCGGCAUCUUCAUCAACUUCAAGGGGCAGUACUUCUCGGAGUUUUUCUCCCGCCCGUCGACGGGCCCGGCGAUCGACGGAGGGUUCGACUUCCUGCCUUGCAUGGGCGUCGAGGUCAAGGACCACUGCGACAUGGGCGUCAAGGUCAAGGACCACUGCAACGGCCUUUUGCUUUGCCGCGAGUCGAGCUACCGUGCACUGCCGUGCCCGCGCGAGUACGUCGUCAACCCGGCCACCCGGCGGUGGGCGCGUUUGCCCAAACGCCCCCCGCCGCUCGUGCCAGGAUUCGACCACACCGCCCACCUCGCGUUCGAGCCCGCCGUGUCGCCGCACUACCAGGUAUUUCUGAUCCCACGCGUGCCAUGGCGACUGCCAUCCGACAGAGAAUCCGACGAUGACGAUGACAACCCGUUGCUCGAAUUGGAGUGGCCUCCGGCGUCAUACCUCGUCGAUGUGUUCUCUUUGGUGACUCAGCGAUGGGACACGACAACCUUCCUUCGGGAAGGGGAAGCUGCCGGAAUCGUCGCCGACAUGCAGUUGGAUUGGCGCUAUGAUCCGUCUCUCUAUCAUGCCGUAUACUGGCAAAGCGCACUCUACAUCCAUUGCCAACAUGGCUAUCUUACGAGAAUGUCCUUGUCAGAUCACUCGUACAGAGUAAUUAAACUACCAGGUGCCGGUGGAUUGAUAGUAUAUUCCAACCACCGUCUCGGGAGAUCAUCNNNNGGGGUGUAUUGUGCAAUACUUGAUGGCUCGAAACGACUUCAGGUUUGGUAUCUCAGUGAAUCAUGCGGUCGAAUAGAAUGGGUAUUAAAACAUGAUACCCGACUUGAGACCGUCUAUGCUCAACAACUGGCCAGACAAUGGAUCUUACAACAGGUUAACCACCGUAAGGAGUACCCUGAGCACAAAGCCUCAGUGGACAUGAAAUAUGACUAUGACUGGAACUCUGAUGAGGAUAACGUUCUUGACACUGAAGACGUCGUUGAAGAGGCUGAAGACGUCGUUGAAGAGGCUGUGGAUGUCAUUGAAGAUGAAGAGCACAUAUCUUAUGGUUUCCUUGGAUUUCAUCCUUAUAAAGAGGUUGUCUUCUUGAAUACACCAACAAGAGGACUAGCCUAUGACUGGAUCAACUCCAAAUUUCAGGACUUGGGCAGUUCAUGGACAUGUCAAGAGUAUGGAACACCAUAUGGAGAGACAGGCGUAUCUUCCCCAUACACGCCUUGCUGCGUAAGCGCGUUUCCUGGAAAUGAAUUAGAAUCUCUUCUUUUAGACGAGAAGCUAUAUAGGAACAAGCUAGAACUGGAAGCUCAACUUGAGGAGGAAUCCUACUUCACCUACAUGGGCGAGUACGAGCUGCGCAAGCAGUCUGGGCGUGCCAAGAGGGUCAAGGAUUCUGCCGCGAAGAUUCGUCGCAGACACCUCAUUGCCGCUCGGUUGGAACCCAUCAUUACCGACAUGAAGUCGAAGGCGAUUCGCACCGGGGCGACCGAGUUCAACCUUGGCAAGGCCACCACAGAACUAGUGACCACCACAGUUGGAUCCUAG